AUCCUUUUUCCUCUCUUCCCCAUUCAACAACUCUCUCUUCUUUCGGCUGUCGCUCCUAUAGUAUAGUGAUCAGUCACAAAUAUAGUGAAAACUUUGAGAAGUCGCCGUCAGCAGGAGAAGAAGCCCUGAAAGCCCUUUUCUUGCAUUGGACGAUCGGCAGAAGAUGGGCACUCUGGGAAAGGCAAUCUACACCGUCGGAUUCUGGAUUCGUGAGACUGGCCAGGCCCUCGAUCGCUUGGGAUGCCGCCUUCAAGGAAACUACUACUUCCAAGAACAAUUGUCAAGGCAUCGAACACUAAUGAACAUCUUUGACAAAGUCCCUCAUGUUGAUAAGGAUGCAUUUGUUGCUCCAAGUGCAUCGGUGAUUGGGGAUGUUAAAGUGGGGCAUGGUUCAUCCAUUUGGUAUGGCUGUGUUUUGAGAGGGGAUGUGAACAGCAUUAGUGUUGGUACCGGGACGAACAUACAGGACAAUUCCCUUGUGCAUGUGGCAAAAUCUAAUCUAAGUGGGAAGGUCCUUCCAACCAUAAUUGGGGACAAUGUUACAGUUGGCCACAGUGCAGUCUUGCAUGGGUGCACUGUCGAGGAUGAGGCUUUUGUAGGUAUGGGUGCUACGCUUCUUGAUGGGGUGGUUGUGGAGAAACAUGGCAUGGUUGCUGCUGGGGCCCUUGUGAGGCAGAAUACCAAGAUCCCAUGCGGAGAGGUUUGGGGAGGCAACCCUGCAAAGUUCCUCCGAAAGCUCACUGAAGAAGAGAUAGCCUUCAUCUCUCAAUCAGCGACUAACUAUAUGAACCUUGCCCAAGUGCAUGCGGCUGAGAAUGCCAAGCCAUUUGAAGAGAUAGAAUUUGAGAAGGUUCUGAGGAAGAAGUUUGCUCGCAAGGACGAGGCUUAUGACUCCAUGUUGGGUAUUGUGCGUGAAGUUCCACCUGAGCUUGUUCUUCCUGAUAACAUUUUGCCAGACAAAGCGAAGAAAGCUUCUACUCAGUGAGUUCUCAAUCUCUCUCAUCAAAAUUUGUAAGUAAAUCUCUCAUACUUGAUUGAAUGGCAUGGGAUGUUAGACUUUUCAUGCAAACGUGGCAAUUGGUUUUCACCAAAUAAUCUUUUCUCUCUUAUCCAAAAUUUGGAUUUUUUGUUCUUUUUGUUGUGAUAAGUGGAUCUAGCUUGCUGUUAAUUGUUAUUUCUUAUCACUAGAUCCCAAAAUGAUUUGGGUAUUUCCGGUAUUCCUUGUAUCAUUAUCCAAGAUGGUGCAGUUAGUGCAGAGCCACUUUGUGGGUCUCUUGUGGAUUUUGAUGAUUUUAUCUAUACUGCAGGAGUGUACGUACUCAGCUUACUCA